CUCAGUGAAGGUGAACCGCAAAAUGCCUUCGCUUUACUCUCGCCCCCCCAACCCUCAAAACGUGAGCAAGGCCCGCGCCUACAAUCUCCGCACCUCCUUCAAGAACAUGCGCGAAACGGCACAUAGCGUCUCCUGCUUCUCUCUCAAACGCGCGAAAAUCUUCCUUCGCAACGUCCUGCGCCACCGAGAGGCCGUCGUGUUCACCCGGUACAAGGCCGGCGUCGGCGGAUGCCCUCAAACCAAAAAUCACCCGUUCGGCAGGGGCAGGGGCCGCUGGCCCGCCAAGUCCGCCCGAUUCCUGCUCGCUCUGCUCAACAACGCGGAAUCAAACGCUCGGAUAAAGGGCCUGAACACCAAACGCAUGGAAAUCUUGCACAUUUCCGUUCGUCAAGCACCCAAAAUCUGCAGGCGCAUCUAUCGUGCCCACGGACGCAUCAACCCCUUCAUGACUCACCCCUGCCACGUCGAGGUCAUCCUGGUCGAAAAAAGCAAGCCCGUCAGAGACCCACCUCAAAAAAUCAAAAAAACAAUAAGAAAACCGUCCGACCAACAUGCAGUCUCACGAUCGUCCGAAGUCACCACUUCCUCUUAAAAGCCAUAAACUUCCCAGUUUAUUGAGCACCUU